GCGGGCAGCGUAGGGCGCCACGUCGGCAGCGGCCGCGGUAGCAGCAGCAGCAGCGGCGCAGGAGAGUAAAGUCUGCGCCGGGCAGGGAGCGGGCUGCAGCCGGCGGGUUUAUAUAGAAUAUUACUGUGGAAACUGCCGAAUGAAGUAAUAUAUUGGUUUGGAUUUCCACUUUCUAAAGGAUUCCUGUUUUGGCUCAGAUAAUCUCUUGAUCCUUGCUGUUUAGCCAACCAUACUGGCGGCUUAUUUUUUCUUGCCUUCCUAGUUCCUUUUCUCUUUAAAGGCAAUAAUGAAUCAAACGGACAAAAAUCAACAGGAAGUUCCUUCAUACCUUAAUGACGAACCACCAGAAGGUUCAUUGAAAGAUCAUCCAGAGCAGCAGCCUGGCAUGCUUUCUCGUGUGACUGGUGGCAUCUUCAGUGUAACAAAGGGAGCUGUUGGUGCCACGAUCGGUGGCGUAGCCUGGAUUGGAGGAAAAAGUUUGGAAGUGACCAAAACAGCUGUUACAGCAGUGCCUUCCAUGGGAGUGAGUCUGGUUAAAGGAAGCGUUUCUGCUGUGGCUGGGGGCAUUACAGCUGUAGGAUCUGCUGUCACAAGUAAAGUGCCUUUAACAGGGAAGAAAAAGGAUAAGUCUGACUAAAGGACUGAGACCUAGUUGAUUUCCGUAAUACCACGUCAGUGGCAUUGGAAUCUGCUAAGAUUCGGACUACAACAAAGCCACAUGUCUUAGACACUUACCUUCUAGAGAGCAGUGGGAAAACUUUUGCUUUCCUCUGAAGGGACAGAAGAAACUGACAGCACAGUGUGUGAAGGUUCAAUUAUAACCUAGAUUCAAGCUUUAUAUCUGGUGAACUGUUACACUUGAUAAAUGUAGAACCAAGUACAUGUAUAUGAAGGGAUAAUACAUGUUAGAUUUACAGUAAAUGAAUAUUCAUUUGCAGUAUGGGACUAAGAUGUGAAAGUAAAAAAAAUUAGAUGGCAAUCUUUGCAGUACUAGAUGUAUGAUGUGCCAGCUACCAUUCUUAGUGGCUUCUGCAUCCUCUUGAUAAGGAAUCCUUGAACUAUGUAAAGGCAUCUUCUGAUGUGCCUGAUAAUUUCAUAUAUUUUUGCUUUUGGAAACUGUAUUUUUAUACAGAUUAUAAACUCUGUCGGUGCAUUCUGUUAGUGAUGGCUGGCAAGAGACAGAAGUGGAGAUGGGGGUCGGGGGAGAAGUAUGCUUAAAAUGGUUUGUGAUAGAAAGCAUCUUAAAUUUUCUAUGUUUGCAGUAUACUGAUUUUAAUGAUUCAUGCCUUAUGGUUGAAAAACUAUUUUUUUCAUUUAGUGAAGCUGUGUAAAGAAUGUUUUCUAAUGUCCAUCAUUUCAACACAGUUCAUAGAACAAGCUUUAGACACUUUUUUGAUAUGUGUUGAUAUCUGAAACUUAGCCAUCUUUUACUAAAGACAAUACUGCUAAAUCUCAGGUGUAUUUUAAAGGUAUCACUCUAUCACCUGCAAAUGAAAGCUUACUACUUGUGACUUUUUAGCUAGAAAGCAAUAGAAGGAAAUGGCUUAGUUUCAGUUAGGCCGAGGUUCAUGAUCCAUAUGGCAAUGGAUGGCAACCUGUAGUUAUCUUGAGAGAAAUUCCUUUGCUGUGAAGUUGGAAACCACUGAAGAGUGAUCUAAUUAAAGAAAAGCCGCUGUCUAACUGCAUGCCAUACCAGUUUAGUUUGUUGCUUUAACCAUUCACCAUCUCCUAUAACCAAGAUAUAAAGAUUUUUUUCACUACAUUUAUAUCUCAAAUACACUUUUACUUAAAACCACAGCACUGUACUAUUUAAACAAAUAAGACUGACAGAAUGUUUAAAGCAGGAGAAAUGUCAUCUCAAUGAAUUGCAUAGGGACAGAUUUCCGACCUUGACACUCCUUUGAAUGGCUGCAUUCUCAUACAUCUUCAGGGAUGUGCAUGGGCAGGAUCUAAAUGCAUGAUAUGAUACAGGCUCAGUUUGUCAAGAUCUGCUGACUCUGCAGCUAAAAAUAACCUUUUGACAGCCUGUAAAAGAUGGCGGAAGUUUUAUGUGAAUAUUCUGUAUGCAGUAUUUCCUAAAAACGUAUGUCCCUGCAGAGAAUUUCUAAACAUGUGAGCUUACCUUUAAGUGGUUAUAGUUGUACAAGGAAGAUAUAAAUGUGUUUGUAGAAAUUAAAGGUCAAAAGGUAUCACUUGCCUAAAAUGUGUAUUCCUGUUUAACUGAUGUUGAUACGGUAAACUGUUUGAUAUGCGUUAGUCAGCUAGUAUGUCUGAACCAUUGGUACUUCAGCUGUGAUCUGAAGCAACUUUCUUCAUUAGACAUCAUUACUGUUAAACUGUCAGAUAAAUAUAUAUUUUCUAGCUACUCUGUAGAAGUGGAAAUGAAAUCUUAAAGCAUGUAAAUUUUUUUUAAAGAUUCCAACUAAAGAAAUUAUUUACUCAU